ACGCUUCAAAGUAUAGUCAAAAUACCCAAUCAUAAGUAAUAUUCAGGAGGACAGUUUAAACUUUUUCAGUAAAUUUCAGGUACCUUCGUGAUGACACAUUUUAAGCAAACGUUGCAAAUACCACCAUCGACUCAGAUGCCAACAACUACGCAACCGCCAACAAAGGAGUUUUGCACCAAAACGACUCCCCCCGCUGUGUAUACCAUAUGUACGUGGGAUGUAAAGAUAGACAAUAUAGUUUCCGGAAUAAUACACAGUACAGGACAAUGGGAGACGCAUAUAACACGAAAACUGUAUAAUGUUCUAAAGCAAGAUAGAAAUAUAACAUUUAUUGAUAUUGGUGCUAACAUUGGAUAUUUUAGUUUACUCGCUGCUUCAGUAGGACAAACGGUGGUUUCAGUAGAGCCAUGGAACGAGAAUAUAGAUAAGUUACGAAUUUCUAUUCGAAAAAACAUAUUUGAAGGCAAGAUUACUAUUUUGAAUAACGCUGUUUCAAAUGAUCGGCGAGUGAUACAUUUCCAUGCACCAUACAAGAAUAACCUAGGAGCUACAAGAUUGUUGCCUGAUCCAACUAAGACUGAUAUCAAUGUUUUCUCAGCUACGACUAUUAUUUUAAACGACCUGGUAAACUACAUCCAUACUAAAGAUAUCGUCAUUAAAAUAGACAUAGAAGGUAAUGAAUGCAGAGCACUAGAGAAGUCGAAUGAAAUAUUUGAUAAAUUCAAUGUUUUAUUCAUAUCUAUGGAAUGGGUCGUGAUGAAGAACUUUGAAUAUGAAAUUGACACCGCUUGUUCACGGAAAAAUAUAGAGCAAAUGGUGGAAUUUUUGACAAAACAGAACUUUGUGCCUUUCGGGUUUUCCAAUAAUUUACCACUUAAUCCUGAAGAAAAUAAAAAAUGGACAGAAGUCGACGUAUACUGGAAACCAAGAAAUGCAGAAAGUUAAAAACAAAGUUUGCUUACAAAAGCUUAGCUGAGAAAUUUAAAAACUUUCAAAACAACUUAAGAAUUCAAAAUCAUAUUGUAUUUUUUUAUACGAAGAUUAUCAAAAAACAGUAAGUGCAGAGUUCUUACAAUUCAUCUCAUUUUAGCACAAAGAAUAUUAAUUGAAUCUGUGUUAUCAGUGUUAUCAAGAUAUUUAUGACUUUGCAGAAAGAACUAGAUGUGUGUUCUUCCGAUUACAAAAGAUAUAUGCAACACAACUUUUAAGCAUACUGAAUAUUUUUCACUUAGUCCAAGACCAUAACUCUGACCUGUCUCAGUAAAAUCCAACCAGAACACAAAUUGCACAACUUCACAGGCUAUCCAACAAUCCUUUAUUAUGUUUUAUUAGUCUAGGUCACAGGGUAUAUAUACAGAAAAAAAUAGCUAACCGCAUUUGCUAGUUUUCCAAUAUCUUUGUAAAUUCUGUAAAUACAAAUUUGAAAUUUAGCAUACUUUUAGAACAAACUGUUGUUAAUAAAAUAAUAAAAUAUUCAAAAAUAUUAAGUGACGCCAACAUAUAAAUUCUAUUCAAUUUACUAACUCACCUCAUUUGUAAAAAAGUCACAAAAACACAUAAAAGCUGUGUUUUAGUGAACAAGUGAAUACUAUUUGUAAGAAUAAGAACUGUUCAUAUUAACAUUUUUUCUAGCGAAUGGUUAAAUAUGACACAAAUGAUGAAUGCUAUUUUUAGAAUAAGCAAGUUAACGAAGUUAUUUCAUUAUCUUCCAAAAAUACGUUUUUCGUUUUUAGUACGUACAUGCACAUUGUUAACAUGUUUGUUUACUUUUAAAAAUGGUUUAAAUUGUAAAAUGAAUGAAUAUUAUUUCUGAAGACGUGUUUUGGUUUUGUUGUAAGUUCGGCUUUUAUCAAUUACAUAUUGUUCUGAGUGUACAUUACAUUUCAAGUAGUAUUUUAUGUUAUUCUUUGAAGAUACUGGC